AUGUCCGACUUCUCGCAAUACGGCGGUGAUGCCGAAGAGAACGCCGAGAUCAAGAAACUUACUGCCGAAGUUGAAGUCGACACCGAUAGCUUUGAGGCAUGGGAGAAGCUCAUUCGCGCCUGUGAGGCUCAAGAGGGAGGUCUCAACCGAAACUCCAGUCCACAGGCUCUAUCCACGCUCCGUGAUGUCUACGACCGAUUUCUUCUCAAGUUUCCCCUGCUUUUUGGGUACUGGAAGAAGUAUGCCGACCUUGAAUUUAACAUAUCAGGGCCGGAGUCGGCUGAGAUGAUCUACGAGCGCGGCUGCGCCAGUAUCACAAACUGCGUGGAUCUUUGGGCGUCAUAUUGCUCAUUCAAGAUGGAGACAACCCAUACUCCGCACUUGGUGAGAGAACUGUUCGAACGCGCAGCAAACUGCGUGGGUCUUGACUUUCUGGCGCAUCCGUUCUGGGACAAGUACAUUGAGUACGAGGAAAGGCAGGAGGCACAUGAUAAGAUCUUUGCCAUUCUCCAACGCGUGAUCCACAUCCCCAUGCACCAGUAUGCUCGAUACUUUGAGCGUUUCCGGCAGCUGGCCCACAGCCGACCCCUUGCUGAACUGGUGCCGGCAGAUGAGUUGGCACGCUUGCGAGCCGAAGUCGAGGCUGAAGGUGCGGCUUAUGGUGGCAUGCCCAAGCAGGAGCUCGAAAUUGAGCGCGACAUUCGUGCAAAGAUCGACACCUUCUACUAUGAUAUCUUCCGCCAGACCCAGGAGGAAACCACGAAGAGAUGGACCUACGAGUCUGAGAUCAAGCGACCGUACUUCCACGUGACGGAACUCGAGAACCCACAGAUGGCCAAUUGGCGCAAAUACCUCGACUUUGAAGAGUCGGAAGGUGAUUUUGCCAGAAUUACCUUCCUGUACGAGCGUUGCCUCGUCACGUGUGCACUGUAUGACGAGUUCUGGUUCCGGUAUGCCCAGUGGAUGGGUUCCCAGCCUGGCAAGGAGGAGGAGGUGCGUCAUAUUUACAUGCGCGCUGCUACAAUUUUUGUACCUAUCAGCCGUCCUGGGAUCAGGCUGCAGUUCGCAUACUUUGAGGAGUCGCAAGGCCGUGUUGACAUAGCCCGCGAUAUCCACGAAGCUGUGUUGAUGCAGCUUCCAGAUUGCGUCGAGGCCAUUAUCUCGUGGGCCAACCUCCAGAGACGCCAAAGUGGUCUCGAUGCUGCCAUUGAAAUCUACAAGGCACAGAUUGACUCGCCGAAUAUUGACAUAUUCACCAAGGCGGUCCUGGUAACGCAGUGGGCAUUCCUGUUGUGGAAGAUCAAAGGUUCUGUGGAUGAGGCGAGAAUAGUGUUUGCCAAGAACGUGCAGUGGUAUGCCGAUAGCCGGCACUUUUGGAAGAAGUGGCUGGAAUUCGAAUUGGAACAGCCGACAAAUGCAGAACUCGAGGCCCAGCACUCGGAGCGUAUACAGCGGGUUUUCGACGAUCUGCGAGUUAAGAGCCGCAUUUCUGCCGCAGCCAAGAAGAGUCUGUAUUUGACAUACAUGGCAUACCUCCAGGAGAGGGGUGGCAAGGAUGCUAUGAAGCAAUUCCUUGCACUCGAUCGUGAAAUCUAUGGUCCCACAUCCACCUCAGUACUCAGCAAGCCAGCGUUGAAGGAGAAUGGCUCGAUGCGUGCACCAUUGGACGAUGCCACUCGCCUCAAGGCUGAGAGUACUUACCCCAUGUAUUAUGAGUUCAUUGCGGAGGCCGACGCGGACGCUCCCGGAACUGCAUCAUUCAAUUAG